UUGUAACUGCUGACAGUAAACAGAGGCGAGUUUUAGAUCACAUUGUUGAUAAAAUUUCAAGGUAAAAAUGAGACAAGUGUGUAGUAUAAAGUGUUCUUUUCUUCAUAACUUAGUCAGGAUAUCUCUGAAAUAGACGAAAUUAUAUCUGAGCGAUGCGGACUAUCACAAAUAUAUGCCUUAUCUGCGUUUAUUAUUUUGCGGCCUUUUAACAUCUAACAUAUAACUUAAUGACAGGAGUACAAUUACAAUGAUUUAUUUUUUACCGUACUAGGAAGUAUGUGCAUUCAGACUUUGUUCCACUUGAUGGCCAUGAAUUGAAGCAUUAGAACGGAUAACAAGGGAGAUAUCUGUCAUUCAUUUUGCACACCGUUUCAUGUUUACUGAGUGACAGGUACAGAACCACAUCGGUAGCUUGUGAAGUUACAGACUGCUUAUAUUAUUCACUGAAAAACUUUAAUACCAUGACGUUACAGCAUCUUGUGAAAAUAGUGCCCCCCUUUCCUCCUUGUGACAAUCUGAUCUGCUAGAUCGACCAACUUUCCUACAGACUGCGUGAGACUAUCCCGCAUCCGGGUAAAUGGACAAUGACAUUUCCUCUUGAAUAAAACAAUCACCCGAGGAAAUGGCGGACUUUGAUGUUGAAGAUAUCUCCCAACUAGACGACGACAGUUUAGGAAAGACACCGAAGCCUCGAUAUGAAGAAGACGAAAUAUAUACUGAAAACAGUGGCGAUUUCGGCACAUCCAACACCGAUUGGGAUAGCUCAUUAAAUCCUGGGUCUGGAAUCGCGCAGUCAAACGGAUAUGGUUUGGAUGAUCCGGGACAGAGCUUUGGACCUCGCUUGGAUCAAACUCACACUUUGAGCUCCAAAUCCUCCUCGGAUUCAGAAGAUGAAGAUGACAGAGAGACUGUGUACUCUCGGUUCGAUCCCAAAGUUCUCGCCAAUUCUGUGAAUCCACGAAAGUAUAGGGAAAGAUACAAAAAGAAAAAUAGAGCUCCAACGCCACCAGAUGUAAAGAGCAUUCCAACCCAACAAGCCGAAACUGAAGCGAAGGAGCAGGAACCGAAAUCAUCGAGCAAAACGCAUACAGAGUUUUGGGACAUAUUCAAAAUCAUAAGCCGGGAACCGAAGAGAGACGACUUCCAUAUGACAGGCAGGAUGAUGGUUUUAAAAGUUGUCACCUACAUAGUGUUGGGGUUGCUUCUCCUCGUCUGCUCUGUAAUACAAAAACUCAGUCUGGCUACGCUCGUGUCCAAUACAUCGGAAUUUCAUCACACUCUACUGCUUAUCGUCAUAUGUAUCCCCUACACCUUGAUAUUCCUGACCAGCUUGUGGAGGUCACUAUUUGGAAAUGUUCCCUUCCCGUCGAGGAAAAAUGUCAUUUUUGUUGUUAUCAUUGAGGGUUUGCACUCUGUUGGACUGUCUUUACUGACUUUCCGAGUCCUGCCGGAAAUCGAUGUUGUCAGGGGGAUAAUGCUACUCAGCUGUACCUGUAUAACACCAAGUCUCCUUAAACCCAUGUGUUCUUCAUCGCAAAAUACAAAUAUGUCAACAGUUGGUAAGAUAAGCGUGUUCAGUUUUGAUAUGUUGUCAUCCCUCAUGCAAAUGUCUGCUAUACCGGUGGUUGUAUUGACUGAGUACUAUAUCAACCACAAUAAUUUUGCCGAGAAUAGCGUGAAGAUCGUUGAAGUUAUCGCAGCACUGUUCCUUUGUUCAUUCUCGUAUUGGGAAAACUUCGUUGACGACAGAUUUUGUGGAACUUUAAGCAAUACAAACAAAUUGCAGAUCCUAAUGCUGGGAUUGAAGUUCGACCUACAAGAGAGCAGACCUAUUUUAUACGCGCUAGCUGCUCCGGUGAAGGUCCUGAUUACCGGCACGCUUGCUUUUUAUCUGGACGAUCAGGAGACAAAAUUAGAAUGGGAUCAAUUUCUGACGUUUUUUGAACUAUUAGGAAAAGAACCAAAACUCUUGGUUGCUGUUACCUUUACCUUGAUGCUUGCUCUGUCAGCAUUCAUAGGUCACUUCGUAGCGUACACAACGUGUAAACUUCAGAUGCAGAUCGUUUCGUUUUCUGUGCCUUUGCUGCUUUCGACGCCUGUUGCCGUAUGCGCACUGUAUAAUGAUUGUCAGACACAUUUCCUCCUUGAGAUAUCUUCUUAUGAAAACCGUACCUGUGAUGCUGACCUUCUCGACACGUGGUGGCACCUGCCUGUAGCCGCUGGUUGGCUCAUUUCGGUGUACUGGAUUGGACGUCACAUCUGGUUCCCAUGUCAACCCCGGCUCGCACAACUUGAAAAGUUGUUUGUCAACCCCUUGUAUUGUGGAAUAUUGAUGGAGCAAGAUUUGAUCCUUAACCGUCGUCGUCACACACGCAAAAUCUUCAAGGUCAACAGCGAAGGACGAAUUCACUACAGGUUGUCAUUUGAUAACGUGAAAGAUACUAGUCCAGAAGACGAGGUGACAACGGGUACUUUACCUCCCAUGGUCUACGCAUGUGGAACAAUGUGGCAUGAAAGCCGACAGGAAAUGGUUCAACUCCUAAAGUCGUUGUUCAGGAUGGACAAGGAUCAAUAUCUGCGGAAAAAGGCAGUUAAUAUGUUUGGUGUGGAGCAAGCGGAUGUGAAAUACUACGAGUUUGAGCCCCACAUUUUCUUCGAUGACGCGUUCGAAACUAAUGCUGAUAAUGAAAGUGUUCCAAACUCCUUUGUCAACAUUUUCGUGGAAUUGAUGGAAGAAGCUGCAAGCUCGGUUCACGAAAAGGUGAUGUCAAUCAGCGACCCUAUACAGAUCCCAACCCCGUACGGAGGACAGCUCGUGUAUCUCAUGCCUGGGGAAAACUUCAUGUUCGUUCACCUGAAAGACAAGACAAAAGUCCGACACAAGAAGCGAUGGUCACAGGUGAUGUACAUGUACUACCUACUUGGCUAUCGUAUUCUCAAAGAAUGCCAGGAGGUUGUCAUGACAGCCAUGAAGGACAAUGCUUAUAACGAUCUGGUCAGUUGGCGACAUUUCCAAAGACAAAGAACAGGGAAAGUGGAAAAAAGCCAAAUCUUUAAUUUCCUCGACGAUGAAGUGUUAUACAGGGCACAGAACACGUUUAUAUUGGCUCUGGACGGUGACGUUGAAUUUACACCAGGAGCGGUGCAUCUCCUUAUUGAUAAGAUGAAGAAAAACGACAGAGUGGGGGCGGUGUGUGGACGGAUUCAUCCCACAGGCAAAGGGCCGGUAGUAUGGUUCCAGCAGUUUGAGUACGCCGUGGCCCAUUGGCUUCAGAAAGCCACAGAACACGUGCUGGGGUGUGUAUUGUGCAGUCCCGGAUGUUUCAGCAUGUUCCGUGGAUCUUCUCUAAUGGAUGACAACGUCAUGAGGAAGUUCACUAUCCUUCCAACUGAAGCGUCUCAUCAUCUCAUGUACGACCAAGGCGAGGACAGAUGGUUGUGCACCCUCCUAGUACAACAGGGGUACCGUAUUGACUACACAGCCGCCGCAGAUGUCUUUACCCACGUUCCUGAAGAUUUUGGCGAAUUCUUCGAUCAGAGACGACGCUGGAUGCCUUCCACUUUUGCGAAUGUCCUUGAGUUGUUGCAGGAUGGACGAAACACUGUUGCAAUCAACAACAGCAUAAGCUGGCUUUACAUCGUCUAUCAAUAUAUUCUUCUACUGUCGACCAUGGUAGGCCCUUGUUUGGUUGUGAUGAUGAUAGCUGGAGCACUUGUGUCUGUUUUCAACGUGGAACUAAUCACCUCUUAUCUCAUAGCUCUUUUACCAGCGCUGUUUUUCAUUAUAUUGUGCUUCAAUGUAAAACCAAAGCACCAAAUUAGAGCAGCGCAGAUUCUAGGUGCAUGGUAUAUUUUAGUUAUGGCUGUCGUCUUCAUCGGCUGUAUCAUUAUAGCCUACAAAGAAAAUCCUCUUCAUCCGAGUGUGAUUUUCAUAGAGUCAGUGAUCCUCAUCUUUAUCUUUGCAGCUUGCUUCCACCCACAUGAAUUUAGCUGUAUCAUGCAUGGAGCAAUGUACUUCCUCUGUAUUCCAUUAGGUUUCCUACUUCUUGUUAUUUACUCUCUUUGCAAUAUGCAUGACAUAUCCUGGGGAACAAGGGAAGUACAAAAGAAGAAAACUAUACAGGAAACCAUAGAAGAGAAAAGGUUAAAGAAAGAAAGAAAAGAAAGGAAUCAACAGGGAUUCCUUUCUCGGUUUAUGCCAAAUAUGAAAUUCGCCGACAUAGCGGAGGUCCUCAAAGGCCUGAAGUUGAAAAACAAAAGAAAAGAAGCGACGACAGAAAUGCUGAGAGUCAUGAACAAAAAUUUUGAACUAUUACUAAAAUUAAAACAAAGUAAAGGACGCAAAAUUGACACUGGUGUGCAGGAUAUUGAAAGUAUGCCAGAGCUGGUUUUCCAAAACGACACGCAACAUCCGAUUCUUAAGAAAACUGUCACAUUCGAUGACAAAGAAAUCAUGCAAGAUGAGCAUGACGAGUUGGAAGAUGAUAUAGUGACCCCCAAAAAGAAAGAUAUCGAUGAUAAGAUUGAUUCACAUUUGGCAAAACAAAAUAAACUAGGAAAUGGUCCCAUACUUCGGAUGAAUCCCGCAGAAGAGGAAUUCUGGAAAAUCUUAAUUCACAGGUACCUUUAUCCACUGGAAGUUACCGCAGCGGCGCAGAAACAAAUCAAGACUCGACUGCUAGAACUCCGAAACAGUAUAUGCGUUGCCAUAGGUAUCAUCAAUCUGAUUUGGAUUGCAGUUAACUUCAUGUUCCAGCUGCGGAAACCGGCCACCAUCUAUUUCGAAGUACCAAGUGAUGUUGAUGAAACCGAAGUGAACUCAGAAACCUUCCAAGUUGACUUGCUUGGCAUGCUAUUUAUCAUAUUCUUCGGUGUCAUCAUACUAAUUCAAUUUAUUGGAAUGUUGGUACAUAGAUGGGGAACGUUCUUGCACUUGGUUGCAAUUACAGAUAUACCAAAUCCUUUUAAACGAACCGUCAGCGAAAACGAUUUUGAAAAUGAAAAUUCUAAGUUCAUGGCAAAGAAAGCGCUUGAAUUUUGUGAGAGAUUAAAUUCCGAGUCAAUCCAAGAUGAUGCAAUGAACAGUGACGACGAAGAGGAAGAAGACGAGAAAGCUUUUCGAGCGAUGGCACAAGUUAUAAAUAAUAUACAAGAAAAGGGCACGAAAAAUAUUCCUGGUUCAACGAAUCCGCUUGGCAUAAGUAUAAGGCAAACAGGACUGAAUGCAAGUGCCAACGUAGGAUGUAAUCUUAUAGAUAGAAGAACAGGUGGAGCCAAUUCUAUGAUGAGAUCAAUCCUCAGACGCACAGCUCAAAAAGAAAGCAAGCUCUUAGAUGUGAGGGAGAAACCGGUGACAACAAGUGGAAUGGAUAAAGGCACGUUCAACGAUAUCGAAAAGGGCAUUCCAAAAAUACGCUUUGCUGUUGGCGCGCCAUUACAAAAGCAUUUCAUGAGUGAGGUUAGAAACCGGAGAGUUCCUAACACACCUGAGGAUUUCUUGAAAAAAGAACGCCUAAGUCAAACUCUUAAACGAGGAGGGUACAACCCCGACACGGUCAUCGAUUCUGAAGAAGACAAUGACCUUAUAUAUGACGCAAUUCCUGCUUUGGGUGUAAUGGACAAAGCAUUUGUUAAGAAAUUCAAGAAAUUUAGACUUCAAGAGAAACAGCAGCGAGUGAGCACAACAAGUCACUUUACGAACACAGCAUAUAGUGAGCAUGGACUAUAUUAAAUCCGUGUCCGAUCUGUAGAUGAAUUGUUCCAUCUAAGACGAGAUCGUAAAUCUCGACAGUUGUGUUAUAAUUAGAUGAUAAGUCAAAAUAUCAUUCGAGUGGAGAAUAAUCCCAAGCGUGCAUAGAUCAAUGAAAAUGUUUAUGCUAGUUUCCAUUUUUAAUAAACAAUUCAUAAGUUCAUUAUAGUAUGCAGUAUAAUCAGAUAUUACGACCUGGGCUCUUGUCGGAUGUUUAUGCUAGGCAGCAUGAGCAUAUAUUACACGUAUAUCCUAUUACACUGAAUAAGGAGAUACUCACAUAUCAAUACGAGGAAUAGCAUUACAGUACUGCAUUGGCAUUGCUGAUAUUUCAAUCACUAGAUUUUGCAAUAUCAAUAUUAAAUUCAUAUUCAUGAGAC